AUGCUACUUCUUGCCGCUUUCAUUGCAGCUCUGACGGCUGUAAAUGCUUCAAUCACGUCUCUAUCAGCUGUUACUCGUCAUCUAGUCGAAGAAAAUCAUGACCUUACGGUACCAUUUCAUUCAUGGGGCAAUACAUUUGAUACGUUAAGUCACUUACUCGCCUUUGUCCUUGUACUCUUGGGUGCUCAUCCAUUUGGUCUCUUCUUUCCAAAGUAUCUUCGUUUACCAUUAAUCACUGGUUACAUGAUUGCUGGAAUAUUGUCUGGGCCUUUUCUAUCGAAUCUACUCAAUAAAGACGUUGUGAGCAUGCUUGGUUCCUAUGUAAAUGCCUUUGCGCUAAGUUUUAUCUCUUUUCAAGCGGGUCAAGAGAUUUAUCUACCAGAAUUGCGUCCACAGAUCAAGUCAAUCUUACUACUACUGUUGACCUAUUACUCCACGGCCAUGGUAUUAGGCACGACUAUCUUCAUGUUGGCUGCUAGUGCAUUCUUCUACGCCGACUUGGCGCAAUACUGUCAACUUGGCAUUGCUCUCAUGUUUGCCUCGAUUUCAGUGCUUGUCUCCCCAUCAACGGUUAUGGCACUCAAGAUUGAAAUAAAUAGUGUCGGACCAUUUACGCAUUUGGCACUUGGUACAUGCAUGACAGCCGAGUUUGUCGUUCUCGUCUCUUUCUCCGUCUCACGUGUUAUUGCUUCCAUCUACUGUGCCAAGCUCGACGUAUCUGCUGCAAGUAUUUCAUUCACAAUGGGGGUUGUGCUCAUGAAUCUCGUUCUUGGGGCAUUGCUUGGAUUGGCAACGAUCCUUAUCUUUCAUAUACCAAGUGGAGAACCAGACGUGGUUCCACCGUCCCCAGCUUCAUCAGUCAACCGACCAUCGAUCUCUUCCAGCAUGAUAUUGGCUUCUCGGCGCAUUAAGAAAAGUCAAGGAGUUGAUGGGAAGCGGGACAUGAAUGACCUGGAGCAAGCACAAAACCCAGAGUCGGGCUAUUAUGAAGAAGUGGACUCGGAUAUGCUGUUUAAAAAGCAACGAUGGUGGACUGAACGCAAGGCAUUGUACGCAAAGGGCUUCAUCUGGCUACUAAUGGGCUACCUCUUUUAUCUCUUUACGGAUACGUUGAGCGACUUUACCACCACCCGCUUUGGACUUGUAUGGCAAGUCAAAUUUGAGGCUUUGCUGGUUUUGAUGGUAGGUUCUUGCACGGCUGGCCACUACUCCGCCAUCCGUCCGCAGAUGCAUGUGAUCCUGGAUACCGUGGCCCCGUAUAUAUUUUUGCCAUUUUUCGUCAUGACGGGAGCGUCUUUGCAGCUGGACAAGUUACCACCCCGACAUUACAAGCACUUAUGGCUUACGAUGGCCCCGCAGGCUGGUGUGUCACUUGGAUUGGCUGCUGAGGUGAAGGAACUCAUUACGGACGAAUGGGGUACUGAGUUUGCAGCGACGAUUGUUGCCGCAGUGGUCAUCAACCAGAUCGUCGGACCCAUUUUGUGCUCUGUGGGGCUUCGCGGUGCUGGAGAGAGCAUGGUUGAUCGUCAGGCUGCAGGAGCAGCAGCUUCGGUGAAUGCGCAGUGCGAACAGCCAAAAGAAAUUGCGUAUUCGGAAGUCGAUUAUAUCAAAAGAGAUACAUCCAAUUGGAACACAAGUCGCCUCAACAGCGCUCAAGUUUUGUGCUCGACCAGCAGUACAAAAGACCCUAAGCCUUUGCCGCCAUUUCGCCGUGUGCAGAGUGCUGUGGUGCUUGGUGACGAUGAAGUAGCGUUUGAAGUUGCACUUGAAUUGUCUCUUUAUGGUGCUCGUGUAAAUGUUCCGCUACUUGAUGAAGCUCAAGCAGACAAGUGGCGCCGCAUGAAUGAAACUAUCUUGCAGCGAACUGCAAAGGGUGAAUUAAUUACAUUCAAGAAUUCAAAGCAUGAUCGCAAGGGCGAGCCUUUGGCAGACGCUGGCAUGCACAAUGCUGAUUUACUUAUCUUCACGGGUGCACCUGAGCGCUCAUUGGAGCACGCAAAGGUCAUGCAUAAGAUGCUGGGUGAACACGCUCGGCCACGAUUAAUCGCAGUUGUGGACAAUUGUGAAGCUGGAAUCCAACUGCGAAAACUUGGUGUGCUCACUGUUCAGCCUUCGAUAGCACUUGGUAAUAUCGUGACCCGUCUAGCGUUAUUAGACGCUCCACUCGCUGCCAAUUUGUCCAAGGAGCUCAGCUCCGCGAGCAAAUUCUCCACUGCCGCAUACUUGAGAGGCGAAACCGAUGGUGAACAUGAGUUCGUUGAUUUCAUGUCAGAGCUGCGUUUGCCUGCGCGUCGUCUCGUUCUUAGUCGCAGCGUUGUCAAUCAUCACUCAGUGGACUAUGACCGUCUUGCGGAGGCGCUGAUUGCAGAAAAUUUGCCAAUGCCCCCACCUCCAUCUCGUGUGUCCAUGUUUGGCACUUCUGCUGUAGAACACGACCCGUUUGCUAAACGAUCUAAGAAUCUUGGCGCUUAUGAGCAUUAUGUCGUGGAAGAUGACAGCUUUGGCGGAAGUGAUAACCGCUUUUUUGUUGAGGAACCAUACAUUGUGUCUUCACCAAGCUCUAGUGUCGGUGGUGGAGGUCUGAUGAAUUCCGGUCUAAUGUCUCGACGACGUACACAUCUUGGAUCAGGAAGCAGUAGCCUUAGUGGAGGAAUUGGCUACGUCACAUUGCGCCGUGGUCAGUCGACAGGUCUAUAG